CCUUGGCCUUGUGGUGGCUUUCGGUCUUCUUCGGCAGAAGCACGGCCUGGAUGUUGGGCAGGACGCCGCCCUGAGCGAUGGUCACGCGGCCCAGAAGCUUGUUAAGCUCCUCGUCGUUUCGGAUGGCCAACUGCAGGUGGCGCGGUAUAAUGCGAGUCUUCUUGUUGUCGCGCGCCGCGUUGCCUGCCAACUCCAGGAUCUCAGCCGUCAGGUACUCCAGCACCGCAGCUAAAUACACAGGCGCGCCCGCACCCACGCGCUCAGAAUAGUUACCCUUGCGAAGAAGCCGAUGCACUCGACCCACAGGAAACUGCAGGCCUGCGCGCGAGGAGCGCGACUUCGCUUUUGCGCGCGCCUUACCUCCCUGCUUGCCUCGGCCAGACAUCUCUCAGUCAGGCGCGGGGAGAGAAGAAAGUCGAGAAAUAACACCCCAAGUAACGAUGAAGCAAGCGUCAGUGAGCCCUUAUAUAUGGUCUAGAGGUAGGUGAGUCGGAGCCUUCCCAUUGGGUGGUGAUAGAAGCCAAUCAGAAAAGGAACCCGCUAUCCCCUAAUUUGCAUGUGCCUUUUGCUGUGAUGACGUAUGGGGCGCUGGAUCCUAUCAGAAACUAGGAGCUCUUGAUCCUUCAUUUGAAUACAGGAUGUAUAAGUUGAGUGGUUUAGGAGGUUUGGAGUUUUUUGUGUGUGUGUGUGUGUGUGUGUGUGUGCGCGAAGAUCUGCCAACAUGCCUGAUCCCUCCAAAUCGGCUCCGGCACCCAAGAAGGGUUCUAAGAAGGCUGUUACCAAAGCGCAGAAAAAAGAUGGCAAAAAGCGCAAGCGCAGCCGGAAAGAAAGCUAUUCCAUCUACGUGUACAAAGUGUUGAAGCAAGUACAUCCCGACACGGGCAUCUCUUCUAAGGCCAUGGGCAUAAUGAAUUCCUUCGUCAACGACAUCUUUGAGCGCAUCGCCAGCGAGGCUUCCCGCUUGGCGCACUACAACAAGCGCUCUACCAUCACGUCUCGGGAGGUGCAGACAGCUGUGCGUCUGCUGUUGCCUGGCGAGCUGGCCAAACACGCCGUGUCUGAAGGUACCAAAGCCGUCACCAAGUACACGAGCUCCAAGUGAGGCGCGCCGAGGCGCCCGGGAACCCAAAGGCUCUUUUCAGAGCCACCCACAAGAUCGAGAAAGGGUUUUGAACACGUGAAGUGUUAUGUAAACGCAUCCUUUUCUGCUCCAUAGCGGUUCUUGUGUUCCUUAAGAGCACUAGACCCGUUUAUCUCUUUCCCCCACAAACGUGUGAGCCCGUGUGAGCAGAAUGCGAGAAUGCCCCUGCUUCUUACAGUGGUCGGAUAUGGGAACGAAACAGCUGGAUUGUGGGGGAGGUGAUCAAAGAACCGAUGUUGACUCUCGCCUCCGCCCAGAGCUAUUAACGCUUCUCUAAGCAAAGUAGGAACCUUGACCUCAAGUGCGCUUUUGUGUUUUGAGUGUGCCACUUCCAGGGAUUAAGCGCAAGAACCCCACCUAGGUCCAGUCCUUUACUCCCCUGGCGUUCACCUGUGGCUGAGGGGCGCGGGUCGACUCCCAUCUCCCGCCCAAGGGGCCUCCGCCAGUUGCCCUCACUUCCGUUUCCCUGAUGGGUGAGUCUGAAGGUGCACUAUAAAGGACCACUUGAUGAGGCUCUGGGUAUUGUGGCGCAGCUCUGGCGGUGGCGCCUGGCGAUGCAUCCCACCUAAACCAGACAUCUUUGUCCUAAGGCAAUGAACACUUACAGGAAGAUGUUUGCAUGUCUGGAUCCUUCAAGGGCAGGAUGUUUGAAACCGAAAGAAAAAUGGACGCUUGGUGGAACGCAGCGCCCUGUGCACGGGAGGCGGAUAUAAUAAGCCGACCCCCUGAUGCAGGUAGCUUUAAUCUUUAUGGGGGACGGGGGCGAGCGGCAAUUUAAGAGGAAAAUAACCUUUUCCCCAGCAAAUGUAGCUCUCUCCCACUUCACCUACAUUAUUUUCUGUGAUGUGGUUAAUGAUGCAGAAUUUUCUUUUUUUUUUUCCUUUGAAUUCAUGGCAUUCAUUUGGUCAAAUGUCAUCUUAGCUCGGGGAUGCUUUGGCGUGAAGAGACUUCAGUCUGAGAACAUCGCCUACCUGUUUUCUUGCUUUGGUUUUUAUCAUUUGUAAGAAUGAGAUUCCAAAUAAUCACUUUCCUGAGCUGUUUUUGAGAAUUACAUGUAUUGAAAGAUUAUGUCAUCAUCUCAGGCAAGGAGCAGAGCUCAUUAAAAUGUAACAAUUGUGUUUUUUUGCACACCACCUCCAAAGGAAGGGGGUUGCAUGCUCGGGCGGGCAGGGAGGGCUGGGCUGGGCUGGGGAAGAAGUGUUGCCAACCACCACUCAGCCAAAGCGGCUGGCUGGAAGCCCUUCUCCCCCCAUUCCUUUUCUUAAGUGGGUCCUCUCAAGUAAUUUAUGAAACCCUACACAUUUUAAAGUUGCCAUCCAAAAUAUUUUUAUGAUUAGUUCAAAUAGUUGCAAGGAUGCAAAUCCCAAGAUACAACUUAAACAAAACAAAACAAAACAAAAUGGUUUCACAUCAGUUUUUUGAAGGUAUCUGUUAAAAUAGCAAUUCGAUAUAAUAAUUCAUAAAAUACACUGUUAAAUUCUUUGGUAACACUGAGCUAUUUUAGAUGAGCUUUUUCAUCCUGAACUCCUAUUUCCAUUCCACUUCUGCCUAGAAUUUCAUCCUAAUGUAAGAGAUAUGCACACGCACACACACACACACACACACACACACACACACACACACACACACAUUUUAAACUAUUUUAUCUACCUACUUUCUAUACAAAAAUGGAAAGUGAAAUUUAGAAAUACUCUCAGGUGACCAAAAGUCAAUGUUUAAAAAUUGUCUGGACACUACACAAUUAUUUAAAACCUAAAUAAGUUUUUAUAGGUUAAUAUAAAACAAAAAAGAAAACUUUAGUGAAACCUGUCCCGUUUAAUGAGAUGGAUUGUUGUCCCCCCACCACCACCUUUUCUUUCUGCCUCAGUUAGUUCAUGUAUCCAUGGACAUAUAUAGUAUUGUUAUGGUUACGAUGAUAGCAGUGUGCAGCAUCAUUUCUUUUCCUUUGUUCUCUUUCAAAGAUAAGGGCUCUGAAACAGUAUUUACAAAAAUAAGUAUAUAGGAAAGGAAAUUACAUCAUAGCUUUACUCACAUCUUUGCCUUCCUAGUUUUAAUGCAAAAAUUAAAGUCAUGUGUCAUCAAAAGUCCAUACCUUUAAUCUUCUCAAUCAAUAGCUGAUUCAUAUUAAUAACUACAAAAUCGAGUCCUCCACUUUUAAAUGAGGGCCUGCUGACUAGGUCCAAGCCCUCAGCCUCCUACCAAAGUAGAUAAGUCAGUAUCUUAGCGAGCAUUUAUGAUCACAUCUAACUAGUCUCAUAGAUCCACAUGAUUUGUUACUUUAAUGACCUUAAAACAUAAGUUUAAUAAAUGAAAAUUGUCUCCAGCAGAGAAUGUGAUAGAUUGUCCUAGCACUGCUAAAUACCAAAAAUAAAAUCAGGAAGUAAAAUGAACAUUUUACAAUAAUUUGCAAAUAUGGUUUUAUAAAAAACAUUUUUCUGGGAAUAAUGUAAAAUAUCAAAUUAUUUCUUAGUACUUUUGACCCUUCUGGCACGUAGAAAUACCUUGAAGUAAAAAAGACUGCCUCUAUUUGCUGAACAGUCCAGGGGAGACUAUAUAGAUAGUACAAACACAGAAUGGGCUGACUUGACCCUCUCCUAGGAGAGGAAUCAGUUAAGAAAGGAGCAAGCUGCUAUGGAGUCCCUGCUGUUGAGAUUUUAUGAUUAAGAAAAAUCGAGAGAAACUGUAUUCACAAACUAUGUCUAUAAUAUUGUUAGAACAGAGAAAGACCCAGAAUAUCCAAGCCAUGUUGAGAAGAAAGCUACAGUAAUCAAAAUUAGCAUGGUACUGGCACAAAAAAAUAUAUAUAUAUCUAUGGAACUGAAUGAAUAGAGAGCCCAGAAAUGAACUCACAUUUAUAUGGGUAAUUAAUCUAUGACAAAGGAGGCAAGAAUAUACAGUGCGAAAAAGACAGCCUCUUCAAUAAAUGGCAUUGUAGAAACUGGUGAGCUACAUGUGAAAGAAUCAAAUGAGACUACUUUCUCACACCAUACAAAAUAAACUCAAACAUAAACUCAAAAUUGAUUAAGGGAGUUCCUGCCAUGGCUCAGCAGAAAAGAAUUCGACUAGGAACCAUGAGGUUGUGGGUUCGAUCCCUGGCCUCAGCUUAGUGGAUUAAGGAUCCAAUGUUGCCGUGAGCUGUGGUGUAGGUCACAGAUGUGGCUUGGAUCUCAUGUUGCUGUGGCUGUGGCAUAGGCUGGUGGCAACAGCUUCUAUUAGACCCCUAGCCUGGGACUCUCCAUGUGCUGUGGGUGCAGCCCUAAAAAGACAGAAAAGACACACACACACACACACACACACAGAAAAUUAAGGACUUAAAUGUUAAGACCUGAAACCAUAAAACAUCUAGAAGAAAACAUAGGUAAUAUGCUCUUUGACAUCAAUCUUAGCAAUGUUUUUCUGAAUAUGUCUCCUUAAACAAGGGUGGCAAAAGCAAAAAUAAACAAAUAGGACUAUAUCAAACUAAAAAGCUAUUUUGCACAAUGAAGGGAAACUAUCAACAAAAUGAAAAGACUGCUUACUGAUUGGGAGAAGAUGUUUACAAAUGGUAUAUCUGCAAAGGAUUAUUAUCCAAAGUAUACCAAAAACUCAUACAAAUCAACAUUUAAAAAAAAUACCCAAUGAAAAAUGGGCAAAAGGCAUGAAUAAGUUUUUUUUUUUUCAAAAAGACUUACAGAUGGCUAACAGGCACAUGAAAAUAUCUUCAAAAUCACUGAUCAUCAGAGAUAUGCAAAUCAAACCCACAAUGAGAUAAUACCUCUCAGCUGUCAGGAUUGCUAUUAUCAAAAAGACAAUAACUAGCAAGUGUUGGUGAGGAUGUAGAAAAGGUAAUCCUCAUACACUGUUGGUGGGAAUGUAAAUUGGUGCAGCCACUAUGCAAAAUAGUAUGGAAUGUUCUCAAAAAUUUUAAGACAAAACUACCAUGAGAUCCAGCAAUUCCAUUUCUGGGUAUUUAUCUGAAGAAAAUGAAAACACGAAUUUGAAAACACUCCUGUGUUCAUUGCAGCAUUAUUUAUAACAGCCAAGAUAAGGAGGAACCCUAAGUGUCUAUCAAUAGAUGAAUGAGUAAAAAGAUGUGGUUUAUAUAUUCGAUGGAAUAUUAUUUAACCAUAACAAAUAAAAUCUUGCCAUUUGCGACAACGGGGAUGGACCUAGAGGGUAUCAUGCUAAGUGAAAUGUCAGACAAAGACAAAUUUUGCAUGAUUUCACUUAUAUGUGGCAUCUAAAAAACAAACCAAAUGAACUAACAUAACCAAACAGAAACAGAGUCAUAGGUACAGAGAAUAAACAGCUGAUUACCAGGGAGGAGGAAGGUUGGAGGAAGAGAGAAAUAGGUAAGGGAGAUUAAGCAGAACAAACUUUUCAUUAAGAAAUAAAUGAGUCACAGAUAUGAAACAUAUAGUAUGAGGAGUAUAAUCAAUAAAUUAUGUAAUUUUUUGUAUACUGACAGAUGAUGCCUAGAUUAUCAUGCGGAUCAUUUUCAAAUGUAUAGCAGUGUCAAAUCACUAUGUUGUGUACCAGGAAUUAACAUAGUCUAUGUCAAUUACAUUUAAAAAACAAGCAAACAAACUCAUAGAAAAAGAGAUGAGAUUUGUGGCUACCAGAGGCAGAGGUGGGGAUGGGAUAGGGUAUUGAAUGAAAACAGUCAAAAAGUACAAACUUCCAGUUAUAAGAUGUAGUAUACAACAUUAUGAAAAUAAUUAACUAUGCUUUAUAAAUGAAAGUUACUGAGUAAAUCCUGAGUUCUCAUUGAAAGAAAAAAUUUUUUUCUCAUUUUUUUAGGCUAACUUCAGUUGUUAUCAGAAUCUCUCUCUCUCUCUCUACACACACACACACACACACACACACACACACACACACACACACACAUUUUUUCCUUCUUUUUAUGGCCGUGCCUGUGGCCUAUGGCAGUUCCCGGGCUAAGGGUCAAAUCGGAGCUGCAACUGCCAGCCUACGCCACAGCAACAUAAGAUCCCAGCCACAUCUAUAACCUAUAACCUUGUGGCAAUGAAGGAUCCUUAACCCACUGAGUGAGGUCAUGGCUCUAACCUGCAUCCUCAUGGAGACUACAUCCAGUCCUCAGAAUGGGAAAUCAUUUUCUAUUUAUUUAAUGUUGUAGCUACACAAGAUGAUGGAAGUUCACUAAACCUAUUGUGGUAAUCAUUUCAUAUAUGUAAGUCAAGUCAUUAUGUUGUACAUCUUGAACUUGUACAGUACUAUGUCAAUUAUAUUUCAAUAAAACUGAGGA